GUUUUGUUCGCAUCUAAAUAAUUGCUCUCAAGUUAAUUCGACAUCAAUAAUAAUCCGCAGUAAUGGCAGACAAGGUAGCAUCACCUGUAGCAGCCGCUACUCCAACCAGUCCGGCUGUACAAGCGAAGAAAGGUGCCGCUGCUCUGAAAUCGCAGAAACCUCGUACCAAGCCGGCGCAUCCUCGUACGUCUGAGAUGGUCAACUCUGCAAUUUCUACUCUGAAGGAACGCGGAGGUUCAUCUCUGCAGGCUAUUAAGAAGUACAUCUCAGCUACGUACAAGAUCGACGGAGAAAAACAAGCACCUUUCAUCAAGAAAUAUCUGAAGGCUGCUGUCAGCACUGGGGCUUUAGUUCAGACCAAGGGCAAGGGAGCUUCUGGCUCGUUCAAGAUUUCUGCUACGAAGAGUGAGACUUCCAAACCCAAGGUAAAACCAGCAGCACCAAAACCAGCUGUACUCAAGAAGAAGGCUGCCCCCUCAGCCGUUUCUUCUAAUAAGAAGGUGAGCGCCGCCAAGAAAGCAGCUGCAGCCAAAAAAACCGGCGCUGCUAGUAGUGUUGUUACAAAGGAAAAGCGCAAAGUCGCUAGAUCCCCGGCCGCCAAACCACCAAAAGCAAAGAGCUCUUCCAAGGCCAAGAAAGUCGCUAAAGCACCUACAAGCAAGCCUAAAGCACCGAAACCGAAAAAGGCAACAGCUGCCCCGAAAACCGCCAAGCUAGCACCGAAGAAGGCGGCUGCUCCUAAAAAGAAGUAAAUCGCUUCGAUUUGCAGGCGUCAUCUACAAUAGCAGUGAGCAGCAGCAGCAAGCAGCAGCAUCAACACAAAAAAAACGGUCCUUAUCAGGACCAUCAAAAAUUUUUUGCAAAACAAAUUUGAUCGUACGCACGUUUUCAUGUUGAUGGUGUGUACAUAAAAUUUAUGCCAAACAUUUUGGAAAUCGUUAUUUUGAAGAGCAAAUUACGAGUUAUAAAUUAUCCGUAUUGCCGAUACUAGGUAGUUGCUAAAAUCAGACGAAAAUUUAUUUCCGUUGUCUUCAUAGAUCUUCGAUAAACUAUCAAAUCUUAUAGCCAGCGAGUCGAUUCGCGUUCACUAAAACGUCAGGAAGUAGUAGAUCCGUCGAUUGCUAGCAUUAUAGGGUUUUCCCUAAACAAAAAUGA